UCUCUCGGAUAAUCUACACUUCUGAUGAAAGCUUUGAUUCGUUCAAACGAGUGCAUUUAUUAGGCUACUGUAUAUACGAAAGAGUUUGAGUUGUUUUUAUAUAUUUGAAAAAGACGAUCUGAAGAAAUCAUGAGAGCUGGACGACGCCUAUCUACUCUCCGUUCCACAUUGCAGUUGUUGAGUGUUCGUUUCCUUGUAUUAGUGUUGACAUGUCUGUUCUUAAUUUACCACACAACACUCGAACGUGAUGACCGGCAAUUUUAUCCAGUAAGAAAACUGAUCGAAAACUACAAUUUAGUCGAGAGAUAUGAGCAGGAGAAAUUGUUAUUGGAUGUUGACGACCCACCUUUCAAGCGAAUUCUAUUCUGGAAUGAUUAUUGGGGUAUCCCGGAUUUCCGGCUCGGAAUUGGCCGCGAGGCCUUCCGCAAAUGGGACUGUCCCGUGUGGCAGUGCGAAACUUCGACCGAUCGAACGAACGUCCACGACUACGACGCCGUCAUUUUCCACAUGCGAGGCAGUUGGAACCCCAACGACUUGCCCCAUCGCCGAUCACCUCAUCAGCGCUACGUUUUCUGGAUUUUAGAAUCCGCUGGAUGGUUUAAAUUUUUAGACACGAGUCCAUUGGGCAACUUUUUCAACUGGACCUUGACUUAUCGAUGGGACUCGGACAUGGUGAUGCCAUACGGUUAUGUGAGACCCACUGGCAAGGUCCCACUUCAUCCGAGUGAGGACCAAUUGAAGCAAUUAAUGUCCAAUCAAAAAGUGAAUUAUGCGUCCGGUAAAACGAAAAUGGCCGCUUGGUUCGUCUCAAACUGCCGUACUCAAACCAGUAGUAGAAACGAGCUGAUCAAAGUGCUCAAAAAGUACAUUGAAAUCGAUGUUUACGGCUCCUGCGGGAACAAGAAGUGUCCGAAGGAGAUGGGCGUUGAUAAUUCGAGCGAAGACUGCCGAGACAUGGCCGGCCAAAAUUACAAAUUCUACAUGGCCCUGGAGAAUACGCUGUGUCGCGACUACAUUACUGAAAAGUUUUUCGGUAUGCUUCAUCGUCCGAUCAUCCCGGUCGUCUUUGGCCUUCACGAUCAUUACGACCAGAUGGCGCCACCGCAUUCCUUCAUUAACGCGGCAAAAUUUGAAAAUAUGAGGCAACUUGCCGAUUACCUGAUCCUCCUGGACAGGAACGACACGCUGUACAACGAGUACUUUUGGUGGAAGCCUCACUUUGAAUCCCGGUACAAGCAAAGGGACGUCAACAUUGGCAUGUGUCACCUGUGCGCCUCACUCCACAACAAGGACAUGCCAUCGAAAACCUAUGCGAACAUGACUGACUGGUGGGAUGAACGAUCGGCCUGCAUCAAUUCACCUCCAAUUUCAUGACGUGCGCACCUAUAUCGCUCUGCCUGGAUGUCUGAACCAUUAUUAUUAUUAUAUUAUGAACCAAUAAUAAAAUUGAAAAGUGCUGAACUUAAGAAAGUAAUAUAACCUAUAUAUACUGUAGCUUCAUUGCUGACUAUCUAUACAUUCAGUUAUACAACAAAA